AUGAUCCAUGACGUGUGCAAACAGGCAAAACCCAAGCGAGAAAUUGCCUUCGAGUCUCUGAUACAGGCGAUUUGUUUUUCAGCCAUAGUCAGCGCAACACCAGAACAGUGCAUGUCGAUUCUUGGUCGGGAUCGCGAAGUGUGUAUCCGCAACUCUCGUCUGGCUGUGGAGCAGACUUUGAAACGAGCGAACCUGACCGGUACCCAGGACACUCAGGUUCUGCAGGCCGCUGUGCUUUUCCUUUUGUGUCUACGCUGGUUCGACUCUAGGCUAGCAUGGGCACAAACAGCUAUCGUGAUCCGUGUGGCGCAAAGGCAACGGGUCCAUCGUGACGGUCAAUUUUGCGGACUUAACCCAUUCAAUACCGAAAUGCGGCGCCGACUGUGGUGGCAUAUCUGCAUCCUUGAUAUGCUCUGCUCCGAGGACGAGGGGACGGACACCCAAAUACGACCCGAGAUGUUCGACACGAAGAUUCCAUCCAACAUCGAUAUUGAUAACCUUGCACCGGACCUAAACAUCCUUUCGCCUGCUCCAUCAGGGUUCACUGAUAUCACAUUAUGCAUCAUUCAAUGCGAGAUGAUGACCAAUUUGUUUUGGGCUGGCAUAAAUCUGAACCCAGACUCCACUCAAUCCCCGAUGCCAGAACGCGAAAGCGUCUUGUGCUCGCUAGCGACUCGUAUCGAGGAACAAUACCUACGGGAAUUCGACCUGAACAUCCCGAUACAGUGGCUAACAGCCGUAAUUGCUCGCCUUUCUCUAUCCAAAGCGCGGGUUGUUAGUCUUCUCAACAACUCCAAGCCCGGCGAAGUACCAAUCGCCACCAACGAUGAAAUCUUUCAGAUGGCGGUUGAGAUCGUCAAGUUUGCCAACCUCAUACAGAAAAACGAGCCCACGGCACGAUGGGCGUGGCUCUGCAAAAGUUACAAGCAGCGUCAUACCGUGGCAUUUAUCCUUUCCGAACUUUGCAUUCGUCCCAUUUCAGCUGAAACAGAUCAAGCCUGGGAACUUGCAACAGAGAUGUAUAACCAAUGGGAAAAAGAAGGAUAUGCCCAAGAUGGUGUACUACAAACCACCUUGUCUCGAUUGAUGGAGCGCGCAACUAUAUCGAGAACCAGAAAGCUCGAGUCUCGGGGAGGCCGGCAUGACUAUCGCGCCUCGUUGCCGGUUCCACGGUCUAUUGUUCAGGAAAGCUACCCCGUUACGGCACCUCCCCCUGAGCUGGAUGUUGAUCACUCUAGCACACUUGGUUUGGAAGGAAUGGAUGAUCUACUAGACGAACAAUCACCAUUUACCUUCUCCGCAAUGGAUUGGCUAGUGGGGCCUUUGUUGUGA